GCAGCUGUUCUGUGUCCUCUCCGGCCACAUCUCAGCCUAGCCCCGAGUGACACAGCCGCCCAGCGGGAUUCUCUGCGUCCACCUGGUCCUCAGCAUCUGGGUCCCUCUGACUAGAUUUCCAUCCCCUUCGGACCGGAGCAGUCGCCAUGGCACAGGUUCUCAGAGGCACAGUGACUGCCUUCCCUGAAUUUGAUGAGCGGGCCGAUGCAGAAGCCCUUCGAAAAGCAAUGAAAGGCCUGGGUACCGAUGAGGAGACCAUCCUGACGCUGCUGACAUCCCGCAGUAAUGCUCAGCGCCAGGUCAUCACUGAGACCUUUAAGACGAUGUUUGGCCGGGAUCUUUUGGAUGACCUGAAAUCAGAACUGACUGGAAAAUUUGAAAAAUUAAUUGUAGCACUGAUGAAGCCCUCUAAGCUCUACGAUGCCUAUGAACUGAAGCAUGCUCUGAAGGGAGCUGGGACAGAUGAAAAAGUACUGACAGAAAUUAUUGCUUCAAGGACACCUGCAGAACUGAGAGCCAUAAAACAAGUUUAUGAAGAAGAAUACGGCUCCAACCUGGAAGAUGAUGUGGUGGCGGACACCUCAGGGUACUACCAGAGGAUGUUGGUGGUUCUCCUCCAGACUAAUCGAGACCCUGAUACUGGAGUGGAUGAAGCCCAAGUCGAACACGAUGCUCAGGUUUUGUUUCGAGCUGGGGAACUCAAAUGGGGGACGGAUGAAGAAAAGUUUAUCACCAUCUUCGGAACUCGAAGUGUGUCGCAUUUGAGAAGGGUCUUUGACAAAUACAUGACCAUAUCAGGAUUUCAAAUUGAGGAAACCAUUGACCGGGAGACUUCUGGCAAUUUGGAGCAACUACUACUUGCUGUUGUCAAGUCUAUUCGAAGUAUACCCGGCUACCUGGCAGAAACCCUCUACCGUGCUCUAAAGGGGGCCGGGACUGAUGACCAUACCCUCAUCAGAGUGGUGGUUUCCAGGAGUGAGAUCGAUCUGUUUAACAUCAGAAAGGAGUUUAGGAAGAAUUUUGCCUCCUCUCUUUAUUCCAUGAUUAAGGGGGAUACAUCUGGGGACUAUAAGAAAGCCCUCCUGAUGCUCUGCGGAGGAGAAGACGACUAAUGUCUUCGGCCGGCCACCGCUGCCAGCGCGUCCGCCAGCACAUCUAGCUGCACUUCCAUAUGCUGGUGCUUGACCUAUGCUGCCUUAGUCAUACUACCCUGCCGGUGACCAAAGCUUAUAUGUUGUAGGUGAACUUAUCUGUACUUCAUUUUGAUCUCAGUAGAGAUGCCUCUAUCUCUCUGGCAGUUAUAGUACCAAUGUGUCCUUAACUUUACUAAGUCUAGGGUCUGGGCCACUUGUAUUUUACUUUAGGAGCCCAGACUGCUUUUAGCCAUUUUGUAAAACCUCGUUUAUAUUAACUUAAAUGUGUUACCUUAACCGGAACCUUAGCCUUGAAAUUGUGAAAAUUUGGGAGUGUUAUUAAUUGUUUUCUUUUAAGUUCAGCCUGUGACAUUAAGGACAGUGCAUUCAAAAGAUGAAUGAAAAAUAAACAUUUCAUUUUCCCUGA